UAGGGGAGGAAAUGUUUAUUCCAGCAUCGCCUUUCCACACUGUGGAUGUGUAAGGCUGGAACAGAAAGGGGAGGAUUUCAUGUUAUUUCCAUUCCCAGUUUGAAACAGCAAAUGGUUUGAUAAAUACUGCGUGACUCCGCUGACAAGUUUUAAUUGUAUAUAGUGUAACACAAAUAUAUAAUCAUAAUUAAACUGUCAUUAUAUGUUAUAAAUAAUAUAAAUUAUUAAUGGUUAAAAAAUCGAAUACGUCCAUUCGUUUGCCUGUUACCACUUAUUGCGUUAAACAACAUUUUUCGACGUAUUUGACCUACACACAGAGCGAUUCCUGAUUUGUUAUUCAUUUAAGAACACGACCAAGUGACAUAUUUAUAUUAUAUUUGCAAGCCUAUUCAAGAUUCUAAAGAAUUCAUUCAGGUAAUAAUUUGCUGUCCACAGUGAUAACAAAAUAAAAAAGUAUUUAACUUCCACCCUUUAAGAAGAAUUUAUAUUUGAGGACAUUUACAAUAAAUCGUCAUGAAGUUGAUAAUCGAAAUAUUGAGAUUAUUUUUAAGAAGACCGUCUACUAGCGAAACUUUUAGAGCUUGGAUACUAUCUGCUCUUAUGGUACACGGAGCAGUAGCUGGCAACCCGGACGCAAAACGGUUAUAUGAUGAUCUCUUAAGCAACUAUAAUAAAUUAGUUCGACCAGUUGUAAAUACUACAGAUGUUCUUAAAGUAUGCAUAAAAUUAAAAUUGUCGCAGCUUAUUGAUGUGAACUUAAAAAAUCAAAUAAUGACCACCAAUCUUUGGGUUGAGCAGUCCUGGUAUGACUACAAGCUUCGUUGGGAACCAAAAGAAUACGGUGGAGUUCACAUGUUACAUGUACCGUCUGAUCAUAUAUGGAGGCCAGAUAUUGUUCUCUAUAAUAAUGCUGAUGGUAACUUCGAAGUGACUCUAGCAACAAAAGCCACAAUUUACUCUGAAGGAUUAGUUGAAUGGAAGCCACCAGCUAUAUACAAAUCAUCCUGUGAAAUAGAUGUAGAAUAUUUCCCAUUUGAUGAACAGACCUGUGUUCUAAAGUUUGGCAGUUGGACUUAUGAUGGGUUUAAGGUCGAUCUGAGGCACAUGGAUGAGCAGCAGGGCAGUAAUGUAGUGGACGUUGGUGUGGACUUAUCUGAGUUUUACAUGUCUGUAGAGUGGGAUAUUUUGGAAGUUCCAGCUGUAAGGAAUGAAAAGUUUUAUACAUGUUGCGACGAACCUUACUUGGAUAUAACAUUUAAUAUAACAAUGAGAAGAAAAACGCUGUUUUAUACAGUUAAUAUAAUUAUACCAUGUAUGGGCAUUUCAUUUUUAACCGUUCUAACAUUUUACUUACCUUCGGAUAGUGGAGAGAAGGUUACACUUUCUAUUUCUAUUCUUAUUAGUCUUCACGUGUUCUUCCUUUUGGUGGUUGAAAUCAUUCCACCUACAUCGUUGGUUGUUCCUCUUUUGGGAAAGUAUCUUAUAUUUGCUAUGAUACUCGUUUCUAUAAGUAUCUGUGUUACGGUUGUCGUUUUGAACGUUCAUUUUCGUUCUCCUCAAACUCAUAGAAUGGCACCCUGGGUUAAACGCGUGUUUAUUGACUUUUUGCCAACAUUUUUAUUUAUAAAAAGGCCUACAUACAACUUUGAAACAAGUAAAUUACUUUUAAAGGACACACACGCUUGCUUUUAUCCGUAUUAUUCUACGACCAAUAUUGAUCGCCUUGUGUCUUCAGGAUACAAUCAUAGUCAGACAAAGGAAGAUGUAUCACAAAGCAUAACAGCUAAUGGACCCUUUGGAGGAAGCUGUCGAGUGCAUGGAACCGUGCCGCCACUCACCCACUGCAGCUCGGAAGAAAUAGCAGCCGUCCCUGACAUGGAUAUUAGUAGUUUAGGGAUUAAGAGUCCCAUUCUAAGCAAUCCCGCAUUUUCUCACUCGAAAUGUCUCCCGAAAAUUCAUAAAAGCUGCUUUUGUGUGCGCUUUAUAGCGGAGCAUACUAAACUGCAAGAGGAUUCAACAAAAGUUAAAGAGGACUGGAAAUACGUUGCUAUGGUGCUGGAUAGACUAUUUUUGUGGAUAUUUACAUUGGCCGUUGUAGUUGGAACCGCUGGAAUCAUUUUACAAGCCCCGACAUUGUAUGAUGAUCGUAUUCCUAUCAUUGAACAGAAGGAUUUGGACUUUUCUGGAGCUUCGGCCGGACGCUGCAGACCUCCGCAAUAACACUAUUUUAUUGGAGAGAUUUAAGAAAUACUUCGCAGGAUUCAUAUUGCUCAACAAUUCAUACUGGAUCAAAAUCAUCACUCAGUCGACAACGACGACGGCAGUACCGAAAAAAUUUUAAAAUGACUUUUUGACAUAAGAAAUAAUAUUCUUGCCACUUUUAUACAUCUAAAAUUACAUUUAAAAGUUAUUUCAAACCCUAAGUGACUUUUGUGGCUUCACGCAAUUUCAAACGUCUUAUAUAUAUGACCAUAAAUACAUUGCGAUUGAAAUUAUAUUGGACACGGUGUUAGAAGGUUAGGUAGCUUAAUGUGAAUUAUACGUUUUCGUAAAAUUAAAUGACCAGUGUUUAAGGAGUUUUAAAUUAAUAUGAUUCUAAUAAAUUAUAAUAUGAUAAUUAAAUUAAUGUGUUAUGCCUACGAAGAUAAAAAAUUGUAAUUCGAAUCGUUUUAUUUGCGAUUAGACAUUGCGAUUAGACAUUUGGCCCAGUGAAUUCGUUUUAAAUGCCAGAACGAAAACUAAAAUUAUGUACUCGUACCCAUGCAACCGAAGAUGUAUAGCAUUAAUUUUUUAUUAAAGGUCUUAAGCCAAAAAACAUUUCAUUCUGGUAAAAACCUUCACCAGUUUGGUGGCCAAAAAAUGUCUGUAUAGAGUUUCCUAUCAAAAUGAACUAAAUUAGGUUUUUACAUGGUUUUUAAAACUUUACUUAGGUUAAAAAACAAUAAACAAACAAACUUAGUUCAAACUACAUUUUUUUGAUUUAUUUAAAUCAAAUGGUUUUUAUUUUGUUAGACAAAUUGUUUUUGUUAUGCUAGGGAUAAUAGUAUGCGCACCUAAUAGAAAAUAUAUUUGUUAAUCAUUUAUUAAAAACGACAUCUAGAUAUCAUUUAAAUUCUAAGUCAGGAAAUAAAGAAUAAGUGUCGUUUAAAGCCUUUUUAUAAAGGCAACUUAAACAUUAUUUUAAUUCGUUUUUUUAUGGGAGACCCUAACUCGCGGCCGUAGAAAAUCAUUUUUGCUUUGAAUUUCCUUUAAGAAAUGUAUUCAACAAAAAUAGCUAUAUGCACGGGUUCUGUGAAAUGGGUCUUUAAAAAUUGGAAAAAUGCUGUCUUUUUGUUUUUUUUUAACCGCGAACUUGUAAUUGGUUAGUAAGUAAACCUUUGAAAUGAGGAAAUGAGACAAUUUUAAUCUUAACUGAAAAGAGUAAAGUUAUUUUUUAAUAUAGUAAGUAUUCACUAAUAGUAGUACCAUCGGCCUCUGUCUUAAACACUUACUUAUCUUUUCAUAACUGGACGAUUUAAAAAAAUAACGAUUUAAGCUAAUUUUAAGGAAUGAGGGUCAAAAAUACCAAAAAAACGUUGUUGACUAUGAUAAUUACUGUUAAAAAACAAGAAAGGAAGUUAACUUCGGCAAAGCGAUGUUUGUAUAACCUUGCAGUUAUAAGAAUUAAACAACUUUAGUAAAUAAUUUUUUCAUAUUAUUUUCCCACCAAUUUUCCGAUCGUUCCUAUGACAGCUAUAUGAUAUAGUAUUCCGAUUUUAAUAUAUUUUUAAUUCGAAAUUCAGAACUAAUUAAAAAAUGUUAUUUUCAAGCUUAGAAGGCUAUAUGUUAAAGAACACCAAAGAUAUAAUUUUUUUCAUGUUUUCCGACCCAUUUUCCGGUCGUUCCUAUGGGAGCUAUACAAUAUAGUCGUCCGAUUUUGAUAGAAUUUAAUUCGAAAUUCAAAACUAAUUAAAAAAUGUUAUUUCCAAGCGUAGAAGGUUAUAAGUUAAAAAACACCGAAGAUAUAAUUUUUUCGUAUUAUUUUACCACUAAUUUUCCGGUCUUUCCUAGGCAGCUAUAUAAUAUAGUCAUCCGAUUUUGAUAAAAUUUAAAUCGAAAUUUAAAACCAAUUUAAAAAUGUUACUUCCAAGCGUAGGAGUUUAUAAGUUAAAAAACACCUAAGAUAUAAUUUUUUCAUAUUAUUUUACCACUAAUUUUCCAAUGGUCCCUAUGGCAGCUAUAUGAUAUAGUCGUCCGAUUUUGACAAAAUUUAAAUCGAAAUUCAGAACUAAUUAAAAAAUGUUAUUUCCAAGCUUAGAAAGUUAUAUAUUAAACAAGAAAGGAAGUUAAUUUCGGCAAGCCGAAGUUUGUAUACCCUUGCAGUUUAAAAAAAUAAUCAAUAAUUUUAUUAAACUGAAUUCUAAAUUCUUAAAAAUAUAAAAACGUAUAUUCCCAAUAUUAUAAGAUAAUAUGUCAAAAAGCCCCAAAGCUAUAAUUUGUUUCAUAUUAUUUUCCCACCAAUUUUCCGAUCGUUCCUAUGACAGCUAUAUGAUAUAGUCGUCCUAUUUUAAUAAAAUUUAAUUCGAAAUUCAGAACUAAUUAAAAAAUGAUAUUUCCAAGCUUAGAAAGCUAUAUGCUAAAGAACACCAAAGAUAUAAUUUUUAUUUCAUGUUAUUUUCAAGAGUAGAAGGUUAUAUGUCUAAAAACACCGAAAAUAUAAUUUUUCUAUAUUAUUUUUUUCCACUAAGUUUUGAUUGUUCCUAUGGGAGCUAUACGAUAUAGUCGUCCAAUUUUGAUAGAAUUUAAUUCAAAAUUCAAAACUAAUUAAAAAAUGUUAUUUCCAAGUGUAGGAGGUUAUAUGUUAAAAAACACCAAAGAUAUAAUUUUUUUUUUAAUUUUUUCCCCAAUAGUUCCUAUGGGAGCUAUAAGAUAUAGUUGUCCGAUCCCACUGGUUCCGACUUAUAUACUACCUGCAAUAGAAAAAAGACUUUUGGGUAAGUUUCAGCCCGAUAGCUUUAAAUCUGAGAGACUAGUUUGCGUAGAAACGGACGGAGAGACGGACAGACAGACGGACAUGGCUAUAUGGACUCGUCUUGUGACGCCGAUCAAGAAUAUAUAUAUUUUAUGGGGUCGGAAACGUCUCCUUCACUGCGUUGCAAUCUUCUAACUGAAAUGAUUAUAUCCUCUGCAAGGGUAUAAAAAAACAAAAAACCAUUUUUUUAAAUUUGAGGUUCUUUUCUUAGAACUCUUGCUGGGGAACUUUUUCGUAAAACCAGUUGAAAAUGGCAGUUUAAAGCGAAUAAGACUUUCUAAUAACCAUCAAGGUAAAUUAGAUAGUGUUAUUUAUGACACCUUAACAAAUUUAUGUCAACAUUGUAAGUUAAAAUUUUGUAGUAUAUAUCUAACAAUUAGCGUGAAAAUAUGUGAAAUAGAAAGUUAACAUUUUAGAAGACAGAAAUAAAACUAUUGAAAUUAAUUAAAAUGUAUGUAUUUGUUAAAAAAUAAAGUUGAUUC